UUCGGGUCUUCGUCUCGGUGACAUUUCUGAUUCAAUAACUGCUCCGGAUGACUUCCAGAAGGAGAAAAUAACAGUCCGCCAGAUUUCAGCCGGUUCUGGCUGACAGCCGGAGCAGGACGAAGCAUGUCUCGGGUUCUCAGGCUGCUGGCUGCGGCCUGGCGGCCUCCGGGUCCCCGGGCUCGCCUGAGCUCGGUGUCCGCUCGAAGCUUCUCGUCAGGCGUCUGCUGGAGCUCCGAAACCCCGAACGCCUCUUUGAGUCGGACGACCUUCCUCUGCUGCAGUAGACUCCAGUCACUUUACACACGUCUUUACUCCAGUCAGCCUAAAGAUGGCAAGGGAGGCGGAGAGAAGAGAGGUGGAGGAAAAGACUGGUGGAGUCGUUUUCAAAAGGGCGACUUUCCGUGGGACGAGAAGGAUUUUCGCUACAUUGCAGUCACUGUUGCAAGCAUCAGUUCACUUCUGCUCUACAGCUACUUCAGAGACAAUGGGCGCAAGGUCACCUGGAAGGAUUUUGUCCAUCGGUACCUGAGCAGAGGCGCGGUCGACCGGCUGGAAGUUGUCAACAAAGAGUUUGUCAGAGUUUUUCUGAUUCCAGGAGCUGAUGUUGACACAAGUUUUGUCUGGUUCAACAUCGGCAGCGUGGAGACGUUUGAGAGGAAGCUCCAGUUGGCGUGCCUGGAGCUCGGACUGGAGCCGUCCAACCGUCCUGCCGUCGUCUACAGCAGCGAGAUUGAUGGGUCCUUUCUGAUGAGCAUGGUCCCCACCGUGCUCACCAUCGGCUUCCUGAUCUUCAUGUUGCGGAAAGGACUGCUUGGAGGUGGGGCUACAGGCGGAAAGGGCGGGAUCUUCAGCAUGAGCGAGUCAACAGCAAAGAUGCUGAUGAACAACAUUGACGUGAAGUUUAAAGACGUGGCGGGCUGCGAGGAGGCCAAGCUGGAGAUCAUGGAGUUCGUCAACUUCUUGAAGAAACCGCAGCAGUACCAGGAACUGGGCGCCAAGAUCCCCAAGGGUGCCAUGCUGACUGGACCUCCUGGGACGGGGAAAACCCUGUUAGCCAAAGCCACAGCCGGUGAGGCCAACGUACCCUUCAUCACCGUCAACGGCUCGGAGUUCCUGGAGAUGUUUGUGGGCGUUGGCCCUGCCAGGGUGAGAGACAUGUUCACCAUGGCGAGGAAGAACGCACCGUGUAUACUCUUCAUCGACGAGAUCGACGCCGUGGGCCGCAAGAGGGGCGGGAACUUCGGCAGUCAGAGCGAACAGGAGAACACUUUGAAUCAGCUGCUGGUAGAGAUGGAUGGUUUUAACACCGACACCAACGUGGUGGUCCUGGCUGGAACCAACAGACCUGACAUUCUGGACCCGGCGCUGCUGAGACCGGGACGGUUUGACCGUCAGAUCUAUCUGGGUCCUCCAGACAUCAAGGGCAGAGCGUCCAUCUUUAAAGUCCACCUGAAUCCAAUCAGACUGGAUCCCAGCCUGGACAAAGACGCCCUCGCCAGGAAGAUGGCUGCAGCCACGCCCGGAUUCACCGGAGCUGACAUCGCUAACGUCUGUAAUGAGGCAGCGCUGAUCGCUGCCAGACAUCUGCACCCGUCCGUCAACAGCAGACACUUGGAACAAGCCAUCGAGCGUGUCAUCGGAGGUCUGGAGAAGAAGACUCAGGUCCUACAGCCGACCGAGAAGAAGACGGUCGCUUAUCACGAGGCUGGUCACGCCAUCGUGGGCUGGUUCCUGCAGCACGCCGACCCGCUGCUGAAGGUGUCCAUCAUCCCGCGGGGGCGGGGUCUGGGUUACUCCCAGUACCUGCCCAGAGAGCAGUACCUGUACAGCAGAGAGCAGCUCUUCGACAGGAUGUGCAUGCUGCUCGGGGGUCGCGUUGCCGAGCAGGUUUUCUUCGGCAAGGUCACAACCGGCGCUCAAGAUGACCUGAAGAAGGUCACGCAGUCUGCUUAUGCUCAGGUGGUGCAGUUCGGGAUGAGCGAGAAGGUGGGCCAGGUGUCAUUCGACAUGCCGCGGCAGGGCGAGACGGUCCUGGAGAAGCCCUACAGUGAAGCCACAGCGGAGCUAAUCGACGAGGAGGUGCGAGAGCUGGUGGAGCGAGCACACCGGCGCACCCUACAGCUCGUCCUGGAGAAGAAGGAGCUGGUGGACAUGGUGGGGACACGUCUCCUUGAGAAGGAGGUUCUGGACAAAGCUGACAUGUUGGAGCUUCUGGGCCCGCGGCCGUUUGAGGAGAAGUCAACGUACGAGGAGUUUGUGGAGGGAACAGGGAGCUUUGAGGAGGACACGAUGCUGCCCAAGGGCCUCCAAGACUGGAACCAGGAGCGGCGGGACAAGUUCCAGGACACUGAGCUGCCUCAGGACAAACAGUAGGCUGUGUAGGGUCCAAAAAUGCAUGGUGUCCUUGAACGCAGCACAGAGUCAGUGAAGGCAUCAGGAGCAGUUAAUCUCAAACAUGUAAUCCAGAUUAUCAGAUGGACCAACUCACUGUGGAUUUCUGGGAUUUUUGGAUCAGUCAGCGCAAUAAACAGCAGCUUUUUCACAUUUCAACACAAAGGCUGAGGGAAACGUGACUCAGUGAUAAAGUUAUUUAUAAAGUCUGGGUUGAAAUGUGAAGAUUUUCUGAGAACUCGGUUUUUGUUUUGUUUUUUAAUCUGACAGUUUGUGUGAUGGUCGGACCGCUGAUGAUGUCAUAAAUAAAACCAUGCGGGUCAUCACCUCAGUCGUUUGUACUGAUGACGAGGAUCAUGACGCCUUGUUUAAAUAUUAAAGAAGAAAAAAAAAUCUGAUUCUGUUGUAUAAUUUAAAUGGUUCACAGAUGCGUUGUGUUUAAUAUGAGGCGACUGCGCGCUCAGUGGCGGGAUGUUUAUGGACAGAAAAUGGCUCAGAGAAGCCAGCCCCCCGAUUUAUUCAGCAGAACUUGAAGGCAUCACAGAUGAAGCGCUUUGACACGUUCACUGUGGGCCAUCUAUGACCAUAAGAACCAGAGUGGUGGUUGUGUCCCAAGGUUCUGGAUAUGGAAUAUCGCCACCUGGUGGACAUUAUACAAAUAAUGUUUGAGUUCAAUAGUACAAAUAUUUUAUGAGGUGAAAAAUUAACAUGAUUGAUUUCAAGCUGCUGAUUAUUUUUAAUGUUCAUCCAGAGAACAUGUAAAAAACCUUCAGUGGUCUGAUUAAAUCAGUUUGUGAACAGACUUUUCAUACUUAUUAUAAAUAUUAAAUGCCUUUUUAAAAACAAGUUUGCAGCUGUUCUUUGCUGAAUCAGUGGAAAUAUUUAUU